GAGGCGGCGGAGCGGCGGCGGCCCCAGUGGCUGCGCCGCUCGGCGGGGCCGGGCUGGGCGGGGCCGGACGUGAGCGAACUUCCGCGGGCGGCGGGGCCGCCAUGGCGGCAAAAAGUCCUGCUGAUAGUACUCCAAGAAGGCCUGUUUUAUCUGUCGGUGCAAGAAAAAUUAAAGAUAAUGCAGCAGACUGGCAUAAUUUAAUGAUGAAAUGGGAGAGACUGAAUGAUAAUGGAUUUACUACGGCAAACAAAAUAGUCAACAUGAAGAUCAGUGAGCAAUUUCAAGACAGAAAACUGGAGAUAGCAUGUGAUAACAGUGUCACAGAACCUGAAAAGCCAACCCCAAGAUACAACGAAGAACUGGACAAUUGCUGUGCAGAAUUACUCGAGACCUUAAAGCAGAUGACAAAAAUACAACUGAAAAUGGAAAAGCUGACUUUGACUACUAAAGCAAUCUGUGACUUGGAAGCAUUCCACCAGGGAGCUGGGAAUUGCACAGCACCCUUCUUUCAUACAUGGCCCACAUCAUACUUCUAUGAGGUCUCUCUGAAGCUCUCUGAAAUGUACAAGAAGGAACUACAACUCAAGCAAGCAAUUGUACAAGACAUUGCUCAUUCUGCUGACCAGGAUCUGCUGAUGGUGUAUUUAUCAUCGUGGUUAUACCAGCCUUACAUUGAGAACAGCAGCACACUGCUACUUGAAGCCAUGCUGCUGGAGACAGGACACAGAAAGUGCUAGAAUUCCAGAGGUUACAUGGCUGGCUUCUAACGAUGCUUACAUGAAACUGAAAUGGCAAAUUGCAAGGCUUACCACGUAAGUUGAAUUUUUGUAAAACUUAUUAAAAAAAUUUUUCUCUGUUUGUAUUUAUUAUUUUGUCUUAGCUGAUACUCCUGUUUCUGCAUGGGACAAUCUGGUUUUGGUUGUUUUAUCCAUUUUAAGAGCAGUAGAGAGGAUACAGGUAGGAGGCUAAGUCCCCUAUAAUCAGGAAGAAGUAAGCACAUAGACAGCUACAGCAAAGAAUGUUACUUCUUUCCAAGUCUUGACAAUCUGAAGUACCUUCACGGUCCCUUUGCCCAUAGAAUUUCAGCACUUCAUGAUCUUUCUUGGGGGGUCUUUUGCAUGAUUUAACAGGACGAGUGCUUUUGUACUGGCUUCGUAAGUGGAGAAGAGGAAAGCAAAAAAAGGCAGGAUCCAAAAGAAUCCACAUAGUUUGGUAUGUGAUUCUGAAAUGCAGUUUUAGACAAUAGUGUAAAUUCUGGUUUGGUUUUGAGUCUGGUGGUGUUAGGUGCAUCACCCUUCAAGAGUGAUCCAAGCCUGAACUACCACACUGGGAAGGUUUAGUACAACUCAGUAUUCCACAGUCAUAUAAAAAUGUCUCUUAAUAAUUUUAACUUUUUUCUCUUAGAGAUGUUUCAUGAAAGCAUCUAUUCAAUAAAAAGAAGACCUCCCUCAGUCAGGGCUGUAUCCUAUAUUGUUUCCUCCACCUCAUAGGGCUCUGUGAGUUUUUCCUUGGAUUGCUGCUACUGAUAUCAAGUGGUUUUUGUUUGCCUCUCUGUACUGAUAGGAAAAGCAGCAUCACUUACUUAACUGGCUCUAAGCUGAAACCUCAUAAGCUUGAUAAGUUUGCUGCAGUAACAGAACAGACAGACAUGAAUUGGUAAAGUUUUCUCAACAUGUUGCUGUGUUGAAAGAGGUUGUUUCUGACAGCUAAUAGAGUUCUAUUCUUAGCCCAAAUUUCUAGUGUCUAAAAAGCAAUUCUGCUGUAGCUCAAGGAGAAUACAAUCAGUUAGGAACAGCUUUGUUGGGUUUUAUUAUUUUUCAGUGCAAGUGUUCCACUUAGUUUAACAGCCACUUUAAUUUAUCUGAGUAGGGCCAGACCCGUGUCACUAUGGAAACACCUUCAUACUUCAAAAAUAUUUUCCAAGGAGAAAAGAUUGGUCCACAUAUAGGAUUGUUCUUUUAAGAUGGGAGUAGGUGUGUAUUGUAUUUCCCAGCAUGUGCGAAUCAAUAGAGAAGACAGAAUUGAAGCAAAUAUUCAUUUUCUGCACAGGUGGAAAUUGUGGUUUGCUCUUGUUUCUUAGAGGAAAUAAGUUCUUCAAGAAGGGGUCUUCGUAUUCACAGACCCCCUUGCUUAUUGAUUGCUGUCAGACAUGGGAAGAUUACUGAAAAAUCAUUGCAGAGAUGUUUUGUCAUAAUAGCUCUAAGCAGUUGAUUGUUAUAUUUGAAGCCCUCAGAUGUAGUGAUUAGACAGCCAGUACAAAAGAGUGUAAUAAAGAAUUGCUCACUGCAAUCAGAGACUUUGAAAGAC